AUGGAUUCGGAAAAUUCGAUUUCACCUACUUCAUCAGAAGAGAUUUUUCGAAAGUUAAAAGAUUCGAGGAUAUCAUACCCCGAGAAAAUAAAUUUCGCCACUUACAUAUGGAACUCAUCCGAAAUACGCUUUUUGAACAAAGAAGGCUUUCUUUCUGAAUGGGUUUGUUCGACGUUGGUUCAUUCGACCAAAUUUCCUGAAGCAAGAUUUGGGGAAACGCCAUAUCUAAAUUUAAAAUACUGGGAGCUGUUUAAUGAAGCAUUAGGGAAAACUCGUGAUGAUUCGGCAUCAUCUGUUCUUUUAAGAAAUAAGGGAUGCCGGCGUGAUUCGACGCGAAAUUUUGAUUCUUCGGUUAUCUGCAAAUUACCAUUGGUUUAUAUAUUCUCAAGCGUAAUGGCUUACGUGUCUUCUUCGCCUGGAGAGGAUAAAGACGAUCACGAAAUGUUGACCUUGUUAAAAACCGUUAAUUCGUGUUUUCAUCAUCUUACCACCGGAGAGAAAAAUCAUUUUAAACCCUCAACUGAGCAAGUAUCAACGUUGGUUCAGUACGCAUGCGACUUUGUCACGAGCGUGAAUUCCACUCUUCAAAACGCGGAAAACUACGAAGCAAUCUUGAUCUUGCGUUUGGAGCUAUUUUAUCAAGUUAUUUUGUUUUUCGAUCAUGAAAUUAUUGCCAUAUCCAAUCCUAAAAAGGCGUACAAUUUACUCAUCGGAAAAUUCUUUGGCAUCUUGCUUCAUACACGUUCAUUCAUCUCUGAACUAAGAUCGACCUCUUCAAACAAAGAUAAUAAUAUCAAGGAUAUUUCCGUCAAUAUUCUUCAAACGAUUGACAACAUUUUUCGAUAUGGACUUUUUCAUCAAGAACAUGUUCCUGAAUAUGCAUUACUUUCAAAGUCAGCGCAAGAAGGAUCAGAUAAAGUCAUUAAAAGUUACCAUGAUCAACUAUUUGACAAGUUUAUGGAGGUAUUGAGGGAGGAGACUAAUAACAAUCGAAAGUUGGUCGGCAUGUUGAUGGAAGUUAUUCCCUUGUGGUAUAGCUAUUUUACUGAGGAAUUACGUUACCAGUUUGAGGGCGAUUCACUUUCGGGACAUGCUAAAAUCAACCUUCAAGAUAAAAGCCGAACAUUAGAAUUUGAUUUUUUUUCAGAGCUCUGGAAGCUAAUUCCUCAAUCAAUGUCUGAUUUGAUGGAACCCACUACUUUAAAAAUUUUGUUUUCUGUCCACGUCGAUUUACUGUCCGAGGUUCUACGUUAUAAUGUUUAUCAAGCAAAGAGUGAUGACAUAUCAGUGCAACAAAGGGACUUUCUUCAAAAGAUUGCGGAAUUCUUAAUUUCACAAGCAACUGAAAUAAGAAGCAAGUGUGAAAUUAGAGCUGAUGUCGCGAGAUCACUUGAAAUAUUGUCACAAAUUGAAUACGUUUUGUUAAAACCCCACAUCAUUUCCAUAAUGAAUUUCAUAUUACAGGAUUAUAGUGAACCACCAGCGGAGGAAACCUUGUCUUUGGCUAAAAUGAUUUUGGAAAAUUGUUCGAAAUCUCACGAGAUGCACUAUUUUAUCGAUAACCUUUGCGUUACGCUUGUAGAUACUGAGGUCGAUGCCGAACACGUGUUAAGAAGUCCCAUAUUUUCAAGAGGAUUUUUAGAUGAGUUCUCAAAUAAAAUAUCCACCAAUGUUUCGAUGACGCAAGCGUACGAGAUCAUUGCUCAUAUUUCAAAAGAAUUAUACGAAAAAUACUUGCCCACUUUUCUUUCAAGAGCAGAUGAAUCAAAAGUGCCAAAUAAGAGGAGAAAAUUGGAUGAUAAUGGCUAUAAUGACCCUUCGAUGAACACACAUAUAAUGGAACCUCUGAUAAGUUUUAUUGUACGAUUUUUACGUGCAUUAAAAAUCACACCAACUUUCAAGGAUGAGAUAGAUAAAAUUUUUCAAAGUCUUUUCGAUCGUCUUAUUUAUCCUGUGUUGACCACUGAGAUCCGUGGAAAAAAUAAGUCGAUGAUAGCGGGCAUGGUGUAUGCGGCACUAAAUUUACAUCACACCUUAGUUGACGUAUCACCUGAUUAUUGGAGGAAAUUAUCCGCCUCAGAGUUUGCGCCUAUUUAUAAUUCUGUUGUGGAUAAUAUAUCAUUAAAAUAUCCAAAGGUGGAGCUUUACUUGAACAAGGUUCGCCUUCAACACAUCUAUCGCACUCUGACAAUAAUGAGGUCUCCACAUUACGAUAAAAACAAUAUGACUCAAGAUGCAGAAUGUAUAAGUCAAAAGCUUUCUGCAGUUAUUUCCACACUUGUUCUCCCUGGAAGCAGACAAAUUUCAUGGUCAGGACGACUGGUCGAUUUGAAUAAUGAAAAUUUCGCGGUAGCAAACUCGGCGCUCAUCCUCGGAGAAUGGCUGGAUAUUAUAUGUGCUAUUUGUCAGGAAAAGGAGCUGAACUUAAUUAUAAGGUUCCUUAUCAGAGGUAUUAACAUCAUAAAACGAAGUGAUAAUAAAGUUAGCAUUGGGACAGUAUGCGCUCAGGUUUUAAGUACCGCCGAGUUUUUCGAGAUUAUUCCUUUGAGGGAAAGUUUCCUCAAGAUUUUUUUGGAAGAGCUGGGUGUCAUUUUCAAGAGCGUCUAUGAAGAAAGCGGCGUGAAAGAUUCAGAGGAGGCUAAAAAAGAAGCACAUAAUAUCGCCAAAAUUUCUUUUAAAGAAGAUCAGCGGGCGCUUCCAGAAUUAUAUAAUUAUGUGGCGAAUUGUUUUGACGCAUCGACGAAUCACUCCAAGAAGAAAGUUUUGAUCAAUAUCAAAUCAAUUCUGAAAAUAAACAAGAUCAUUUCAUUGCUACAUUUGUUUCCGUUGGAAUAUUUUGAAAAGCCGGAAGUAAAUGUAUUGGUCACAUUGGCGCUUCUUAUUGACAAAUUUGUAUCUCUAUCACACUUCCAGAAAGCAUCCGAGAUCGCAACCAUAUUAAAGUGUUCCAUAUUGUGCAGGAGUCUUGUUCGCAACUAUAUAUCGUUGGGAAUCAAACAGGAUGACAUUGUGGGAAAAGAUCAAUAUUUUAUUUUGUGUUGGAUACAAUCUAUAUUUGAUUACACAAAUAGUAUUAAAAAAGUGAUGGCCUUGUCACAACGGGAACAAGUCUUGAAGCAUUAUGACAAUAUAUUACAAUUGACCACCCAGUCCACGAUAAUAUUAACAAGGUACAUGAUUUCAAGAUAUAGAGAUGACGACUCCCUCAAUCUCAAUUAUUUGACAAGAAUUACCAAGACAUUCACUGGCGCGCUGGAUCGUUCUUUGAAUGCUAUAGAGUCAAAUUUUGAUAAUAUUCUUACGUAUAAAUUUCUGUGGGUAUUUGUCGCGGAUUUCUUGAAAUUUGGAUACGAGUCACUUGAACAACCACUCAAAUCCUUGAAAAACGGUUAUCGGGAAAGGGACCAAGAAAUUUUAGAACCGUUUAUUUCAUUACACCGUGCGGUAGAGAGAAGCUCAGUUGCAAUUUUUGAAAAUUUCCUGGAUAAUUCCACUCAACGGUUGCAAGAGUCUGAAAAUAUCGACAUGAAACGAAAAGUUCUAAGGCAUUUUACCCACCUGAAUAGUAUACUGAAAGCGUAUUGCGUGUCUUGCAAAUUUUACAAAUUGGAUGAAACAUUUAAAGAACGAGCAGUCACUCAAGCGCACAAGUUGAUAUCUUUGAUACCAAAAUUUUUCGUCAUCAUAACCUCCCUGUUACGGGUACCUUCGACUGACGAAGAACUCGAAGAAAGACCUCUUGCUGAUCGCGAGGAGGUGAAGAGAUGUACAGAGUUGUUGUCAAUAUGUAUGGAUUUCAUUUUGAGUACGGAGAUUUAUGUGGGUUCUCAAUUAUCGUUCGACAUCAUAUCAUUUUCGUGGGAAAUAAUGGCGAUCUUAUAUGAAGAAGACUCGAAAAGUGAACUCACGAAGGAGCUGGACUUAACAUUUGGAUCGUUUUUUUCGCAAUUGUCGACCAUGAAAUAUGAUGAAUGCGCAAUUAGCAUCAUAAAGAAGUUGAAAUGCCAGUCUUUCUAUGAAAUGAAAAAUUCAAAUUCCCGCGAGAGAAAAUUUGUCAUUCACUUGCUUGAUAAUUUCUUACGGAAUUCUACAACCGCGCAACUACGUAGCCUACAUAAAGAGCUGCAAGAUGUAAUAAUUGGCCUGGGCAGUCUAGCGGAGUCGAUCGAUAACAUUUAUGAUGGAAUACACAUUCUAAACACCAUUUCUUUUCUGGUUUCUCAUCAGGCACUGUCACUUCGGUCAAGUGAUUUAGGAUCAAUUUUGUCAGCAGUGCUUUCGCUGACCUCUUCAAAUAAUCAGUUUCAGUCCGAGGAUCAGGACUAUCAGAAUCUCUUUGAAGAGGUAUGCAACUUAUUAAUCAAAAUACUGGUGAAUCGGCGCGAAAUACUUUCGUCAACCAUCGCAACAUUUGUCGUCAUUGUGCAAUCUAUGUUUCAUUGCUUCAAAUCUCGCGGUGAGGUAUUUGCGAACGUUAAACAGUCAAAGAACGAACAGUAUCAGAUUCGUCGUUAUACAACUAUAUGGGAUGCUCGCCUUAAAAAUCCAUUAUCAGCAGAAAGUGCAAGACUGUUUUCGAGAUUACUAGAGAUGAUAUCGUCCAAGGAUAUCAUGCGGAAACAACACAAAAAGCCACUAUUGAAUAGACCAUUUGCUAAACAUGUGCACAACUUAAUAGCGGAGUAUUUGAAAGUUCAAACGGAAGGAUUUCUAGAUUCAAACACCAAAGAAUCCUUGAGACCUGGUAUAUUUUCACUCUUAGAUUUAUGUGGGGAACAUGAAAGAAAUAUGAUAAUGGUUAGUUUGGACCACGCCAAGAAGAGUUCGUUUAGAACAUUAUGGGCAGAGUAUAACAAAAAUUGGAAAUAUGUUGGCAGAGGGUAA